AUUUACCGCCCGGCGGCGGAGGGGGCCCGGACCCGACUGGCCUUUUUCUGGGGGGACGCCGGACGCCAUGUUGUGGAAACUAGCCGAUAAUGUCAAAUACGAAGAGGACUGCGAGGACAGACACGACGGGAGCAGCGCCGGGAACCCCCGGCUCCCGCAUCUGUCUGCGGUCAGCCAGCACCUCUACAGCCCGGCCCCGCCGCUGUCGCACUCGGGGGCCUCGGACUUCCAGCCGCCCUACUUCCCGCCCCCGCACCAGCACCUGAGCUACCCGCAGCCGGCCGACCCCUACGCCCACCUGGGCGACCCCUUCUCCCUCAACCCGCUCUACCAGGCCCCGCCGCCGCCGCCUCCGCCUCCUCCGCCUCCUCCUCCGCCGCCCGGCCAGGCGCAGGCAUGGCCCGGCCGGCAGGGCCAGGAGCCGCCCGGCCUGGCCCACCACGGCCGCGCCGGGCUGGGCCCGCACCUCUCGGGGCUGGACGGGGGCUCGGCCGCCGGCAGUCGCCGCGAAGCCUUCCGCCGCUCCGACCUGCUGCUCCCGCACGCCCACGGGCUGGACGCCGCCCUGGCCGACAACCUGGGCCUCCACGACAUGGUCCACCCCCUGGACGACGUGCAGAACGUGGAGGACCAGCACUUGCUCAUGCACGAUCAGACCGUCAUCAGGAAAGGUCCCAUUUCAAUGACCAAAAACAACUCAUUGAGCCUUCCUUGCCAGAAAGAUGGACUACUAGGAGUCGUGAUUAACCCCAAUGAAGUCUUUUGCUCUGUUCCGGGAAGACUCUCUCUCCUCAGUUCCACGUCAAAGUAUAAAGUGACAGUAGCAGAGGUGCAGCGAAGACUUUCACCUCCUGAAUGUUUAAAUGCUUCUUUAUUGGGAGGCGUCCUGAGAAGAGCCAAAUCAAAAAAUGGGGGCCGGUCAUUGCGUGAAAAAUUGGAUAAAAUUGGUUUGAAUCUUCCAGCGGGGAGAAGAAAAGCUGCUAAUGUGACAUUAUUGACUUCCCUAGUAGAAGGUGAAGCGGUACAUCUUGCUCGGGACUUUGGUUAUGUCUGCGAAACUGAAUUUCCUUCUAAAGCAGUAGCUGAAUAUCUAACCAGACCCCACUUAGGACGUAACGAGAUCGCUACUAGGAAAAACAUGCUUCUAGCUGCAAAGCAAAUCUGUAAGGAAUUCACAGAUCUUCUCACUCAGGACCGAACUCCCCUUGGAAAUACCAGACCUAACCCAAUCCUGGACCCGGGAAUCCAGGGCUGUUUGACUCAUUUUAGCCUGAUUACCCAUGGCUUUGGAAGUGCUGCCAUCUGUGCUGCCAUGACAUCCGUCCAGAACUACCUAAACGAAGCGUUAAAAAUAGCAGACAAAACAUAUAUGAGCACUGGCGACCAAAGCCCUCCAGAUACUAACAAAAACAUCGAGAAAAUGGAUAAGCACAGGAAGUAGGAGGGAGGGGGAGGGGGAGAGAUCAAAGAAAGGACUGCAACUGUUCUCCUAAAUACUGCCCGGGAUCAACUUGCCUAGGGGACGCGUAGAAAAUCUGUUACCUUAUUAAAACAACGUCUUAUUCAGGAUCUUCAUGACUUAUGCACCCUUCUGGAUUCUUGUGUUGUCUCUAAAGCUGCAGCAUCCCCUAACUUUGGGACAAGUUAAUCAGAAGAUGGCAAGUACCGGUACAUGCUCAUUAAACCUGUUUUCCUUGCUCUGAAAGUGGUGCUAUCAAGUUUGUGAACCUCUAAAUUCCCACUGUGACAAACCACAGUGUAUCCUUUCCCAGCUACAGUAGGGUCAUAUUCAUUCCUCUCCUGUUGAAAUGUCAACUGGUGUCUUCAAUGCCAACAAUAACCAUUAUACAGUAUUAGACAAUGGUGUUUAGAUUUGUCUAUUAAAUGUUUUUUGUGAUUACAUGCCCAGAGAACGGUAGAGUCUUUCGGGUCCACGUUAGGAAAGGGAAUUGUGUAUCAGUUCGGAAUUAGUACCCAGAAGGCAUUUGACACACUUAUUUGAAUUAAUUACUGGAGAUAUUUGGUUUCGAAAACUAGAGUAAAGUGUGCUGUAGAUGCUGUGUUAUAAUGCCUGAAAUUGGUUAUUCAAUCUGAAGUAUUUCUUGAAAAUGUAUACCUUCCCCCCCCCCAAGGAUAUUGCAGCUUUAUUUGCAUAUUUAUAUCGGGUCUCUUUUUUAAAAUUGAAUAAACUUGAAAGAAUAGGCACAUAACUUUUUAUUAACUUUUUUUGCCUAUUAAGGCCAAAAAAAUAUUUCCAGGGAGGCGCUAUGUGUAUUAAGAGAAACAGUGUGUUGAAUGUACAUAUUUAUUUAUGUGUAAUUUAAUGGGAUUUGUAAAUAUUGGUGAACUUUUUAAGACUUAAUUUUUUUUAAAUAAAUGGGUUUCAAAUUUUAAUUUUGGUAACUAUUUUAAAAGGUUAUGGGGUAGACUAAAACACAUCUUUAGGUUUAUGCACAGCUAUGUUUUACAGGGUAUUUAAAAUGUUUAACUUUGGAGGAAACAUUCUCAGUUCUUGCCACUGAAGAUUAUAUUUAACUGAAACUCUGUAUGUUCACAAAGCAAUAAUUUUGUGUAGCAUCUGCCUGAAACUGACUAGACCACGCAAAAGGUACGGUGUGUGUGAAUAAUGGAGGUGGAGUAAAGACAUUUGUACAUGUUCCCAAUAUAAUUUUGAUGUAUAUGAUAACCAUAUAAUAAAAGUAUUCUGGAUAGAAGCAGUGAA